AUGUUGCGGUACCSGGAAUCAGAGGGCUUGUCCAUGGGCACUGCCACCUGGCAGGCGGAGGUGGCUGUUACUGUGCCUUCCUCAAGACUGAGUCAAGGCUGCCUGAAUAUGGCAUUUCCCAGCGCGGUCACCCACCAUGACAGGACCAGCCUGGAUUAUUACAAGAACGAUAGCACGGAGAUGUCUCUGGCUGGACACGUUUUAAACGACACUGACCUCACGUGCGACAAGAGGCAGGUCAGGCAGUUCGCCAGAGCUUUCCUGCCGGUGUUUUUCUGGCUCAUCUUCUCUGUGGGCAYGGUGGGAAAUGCAUUGGUCGUGCUGGUCUACUGCAAAUACCGCUUCAGGAAGAGCAUGACGGACCGGUACCUGCUGCACUUGGCCAUCGCUGAUCUGCUCCUGCUUUUCACCCUCCCUUUCUGGGCCAAAGCCGCCUCUGACGGCUGGAUAUUUAAGAGCUUCAUGUGCAAAAUCGUCAACAGCAUGUAUAAGAUCAACUUCUACGGCUGCACCUUGUUUCUCAUGUGUAUCAGUUUCGACAGGUACAUCACUGUUGUCCAGGCCGCAAAAGCUAAAAAUUCUAAGCAGAAAAGGCUCCUGCACAGCAAACUCGUGUGCCUGGCAGUCUGGCUGACCUCUGUGAGCCUGUGCAUCCCGGAAAUCGUGUACAGCGAGAUCAGGCAAGUUGGCGACGUGACGGCCUGUAAAAUGACCUACCCGCCCACCAUCAACAGGACCUUCCGACUCACUGUCCUGGCCCUGAAAAUCACGAUAGGCUUCUUCCUCCCGCUCCUUGUCAUGGUGAUUUGUUACACCCUUAUCAUCCACACCCUCCUUCAAGCCAAAAGAUCCCAAAAGCAGAAGUCGCUGAAGAUCAUCACGGCCAUCGUCACCGCUUUCCUGCUCUCCCAGUUCCCCUACAACAGCGUUCUGCUCGUCAAGACCCUGCACACGUACACCCGCGCCCCGUACAGCUGCCAGGCCGCCGACCGCAUGGACAUCGGGCUGCAGGUCACGCAGGGCAUCGCCUUCCUGCACAGCUGCCUCAACCCCGUGCUCUACGUCUUUGCGGGCGAGCGGUUCCGCCGGGCGCUGUGCGGGAUCGCGCGGCGCCUCGCGCGCUGCCCGGCCCGCGGCCUCGAGCAGGGCUCCUCCGCCUACGACAGCCAGGAGCGCAGCUCCAACUGGUCCUUCGCCAUGCUGGGCGGGCGGCGCGUGAGGAGCUCCCUCACCCUCAGCACCCACCUCAACGCCUCCGUGGUGCCCAACUCGUGCCAGGGCCUCAUGUGA